AUGUUGGCACGGGCGGUGCGUGUGCCCCGUGUGCCUCGAGCUCGUGUAAACGGGAAGGUGGCGGUGGGAGAUGGGGGUGAUUUUUAUGAAUGUGUUUGUAUUGUGGGAGAAAAUUUUACUUUUCCAGUAAAACUAGACCGAAAAAUAGUAGAAAUGAUUUGGAAGAACAAGGAUGAAGUGGCCAAAUGGGAAGGGCAAGCCGAAACGUAUUUUCCUUCUCUCAGUAAUAGAGGCUUGCUUCAUGAGAAUGGGAGCUUGACUAUAUUUAACUUGGAGAAUAAUGAUGCUGACAUAUAUAUGUUAGAAUACUUCGAUUAUACAGAAAAAAACAAAACCUUCAUACUGACUGUGUUAGAUCCCCCUUCCAAACCUGAAAUAAGUUGCAACAUCAGUGGCGAUGACCUUGUGUUAAAGCGUACGGCAGAUUUCCCGCAGCCUCUGAAUUACACUUGGAAGUUCAGUAGCAUACAAAUCACACAUCACACCCAGGAAGUUCCCAUCCCGAAGAAUAUUGAUGCUUCUGGGAAAGCUACAUGUUUCAUUAAAUUUUCUCAAACGGAAAAGAGCUCUGCAAUCUCUUUGCCUCAAUGCCCUGCAUAUAAAAAACUUAAUGAAUGGCUCAGGCUGUAUAUGCGAGGAGACGGCUAUCACAGAAGGAACAGAGACGGUCUUAUUGCAGCUUUUGUUCUCUUUAUUCUAUUUGUAGGAAUACUAGUACUAGUAUUCCUAUUCAGAAGAGGCUAUGACUGUGUAUCUCUUGCUACCACCUUCUUAGGUUAA